GCGCCGCCACAGAAACUUUCCUGCUCCGGCCGCGGCCUGGAGCUUGGCCACCCGCGUCCUUAGAGCGACGAUGCUCCCCGACGACAACGACCGGAGCGGACCCGCGCCUCAGCCCGCCGCCCCUGCCUGCGCUCCCCUCGCGCCGCUGGAGGAAGCCUGAACCCUGCGCAGGCGGCGCGGUGCGCGGGGCCCGUUUCCCUGGCGCAGUCCCCCCGCGUCCCCACGCGCUCCCGGAGAUUGCAGGUUCCCAGCGCCGGCCGCGGUUGCCGGCUGCCUCGGCCGCCGCUGGCAGCCCCGCUGCCAUGGGGCUGCCCACUUUGGAGUUCAGCGAUUCCUAUUUGGACAGCCCGGAUUUCAGGGAGCGCCUGCAGUGUCACGAGAUUGAGCUGGAGCGAACCAACAAGUUCAUCAAAGAGCUCAUUAAGGACGGCUCUCUGCUCAUUGGGGCUCUGAGGAAUCUGUCUAUGGCAGUACAGAAGUUUUCCCAGUCACUACAAGAUUUCCAGUUCGAAUGUAUUGGUGAUGCUGAAACAGAUGAUGAAAUUAGUAUUGCUCAAUCACUGAAAGAAUUUGCGAGACUGCUCAUUGCAGUGGAAGAAGAAAGGCGAAGAUUGAUUCAAAACGCUAAUGAUGUAUUAAUUGCACCACUUGAGAAAUUUCGGAAAGAGCAGAUAGGUGCAGCAAAAGAUGGAAAGAAGAAAUUUGACAAGGAGAGUGAAAAAUACUAUUCCAUUCUUGACAAGCACUUAAAUUUGUCUGCAAAGAAAAAGGAGUCUCAUUUGCAGGAGGCAGAUACACAGAUUGACCGUGAACAUCAAAACUUCUAUGAAGCAUCAUUAGAAUAUGUCUUUAAAAUUCAAGAGGUUCAAGAAAAAAAGAAGUUUGAAUUUGUUGAACCGCUUUUGUCAUUCCUGCAGGGUUUAUUUACUUUUUACCAUGAGGGAUAUGAACUCGCCCAGGAAUUUGCACCAUAUAAGCAACAGCUGCAGUUCAACUUGCAGAAUACGAGAAAUAAUUUUGAAAGUACUCGACAAGAGGUAGAGCGAUUGAUGCAAAGGAUGAAGUCUGCCAAUCAGGACUACAGACCUCCCAGCCAGUGGACCAUGGAAGGCUAUCUUUACGUCCAGGAGAAACGGCCCCUUGGUUUUACAUGGAUUAAGCAUUACUGUACGUACGAUAAAGGAAGUAAAACAUUUACAAUGAGUGUUUCAGAAAUGAAAUCCAGUGGGAAAAUGAAUGGCCUUGUUACUAGCUCACCGGAAAUGUUUAAAUUAAAAUCCUGUAUCCGACGAAAGACGGAUUCAAUUGACAAACGAUUCUGCUUUGACAUUGAAGUAGUUGAAAGACACGGGAUCAUCACAUUACAGGCCUUUUCAGAAGCCAAUAGGAAACUCUGGCUUGAAGCCAUGGAUGGGAAGGAACCGAUUUAUACCCUGCCUGCCAUUAUUAGCAAGAAAGAAGAAAUGUACUUAAAUGAAGCAGGGUUCAACUUUGUAAGAAAAUGCAUUCAAGCUGUGGAAACAAGAGGCAUUACCAUCCUGGGCCUCUACCGAAUAGGAGGUGUGAACUCCAAAGUUCAGAAACUCAUGAACACCACUUUUUCUCCCAAAUCCCCUCCUGACAUUGACAUCGAUAUUGAACUGUGGGACAAUAAGACAAUAACGAGUGGGCUGAAAAACUACCUCAGGUGCCUUGCAGAACCACUGAUGACUUACAAGUUGCACAAAGAUUUUAUUGUUGCUGUUAAAUCUGAUGACCAGAACUACAGGGUGGAGGCAGUACAUGCGUUGGUGCACAAAUUGCCAGAAAAAAACAGGGAGAUGCUGGACAUCUUAAUAAAGCACCUGGUCAAAGUAUCACUACACAGCCAACAAAAUCUCAUGACUGUCUCAAAUCUUGGCGUCAUAUUUGGACCAACCCUAAUGAGAGCGCAAGAAGAAACUGUGGCAGCUAUGAUGAAUAUUAAGUUUCAGAAUAUUGUAGUUGAAAUUCUGAUAGAGCAUUACGAAAAGAUUUUUCACACUGCCCCCGACCCAAGCAUUCUUCUUCCACAACCUCAGUCUCGGUCUGGAUCACGAAGGACACGAGCAAUCUGCCUCUCCACGGGCUCUCGGAAGCCCAGGGGGAGGUAUACUCCAUGCCUGGCAGAACCCGACAGUGACUCCUAUAGCAGCAGCCCAGACAGCACACCCAUGGGUAGCAUUGAGUCACUCUCCUCUCACUCCUCUGAACAAAAUAGCACUACAAAGUCGGCAUCCUGUCAGCCCAGGGAGAAAUCUGGAGGGAUCCCUUGGAUCGCAACCCCAUCAUCUUCCAAUGGGCAGAAAAGCCUUGCUCUUUGGACAACUAGUCCUGAAUCAAGUUCUAGAGAAGAUGCAACCAAAACGGAUGCAGAAUCAGACUGCCAGAGUGUUGCCUCAGUCACCAGCCCGGGGGAUGUCUCCCCACCUAUAGAUCUAGUCAAGAAAGGGCCUUAUGGGCUUUCAGGACUGAAACGAACCUCUGCUUCCUCUCUCAGAUCCAUCUCUGCUGCUGAAGGAAACAAGAGCUACAGUGGAUCCAUUCAAAGCUUAAGUUCUAUAGGUUCCAAAGAUACACCCAAAACCCCUCCAAACCCAGACCUACCUCCAAAAAUGUGCAGGAGGUUAAGGCUAGACACUGCCUCAAGCAAUGGCUACCAACGACCUGGCUCAGUAGUGGCAGCAAAAGCCCAACUAUUUGAAAAUGUUGGUUCUCUUAAGCCAGUUGCUCCUGGGCGCCAAGCCAAAGCCAUGUACUCCUGUAAAGCGGAGCAUAGUCACGAGCUCUCCUUCCCACAGGGGGCAAUAUUUUCUAACGUGUACCCAUCAGUGGAACCAGGAUGGUUAAAGGCAACUUAUGAAGGCAAAACAGGACUAGUCCCAGAAAAUUAUGUUGUGUUCCUCUAAUACUAUUUAGUGGAUGGCAGUAUCUUCAUGGUAUCCAUGGUAACAAGUAGUAAAUGCUAUGAUUUUUAUCUGACACAGAUAUGGGGAUCCACCCACUAAAUGGAAACAGUCAAUUUCUUUCAAGUUCUUCACCAGCAGACUAUGAAGGUCCCUAUCAAUGGAAAAAAAAGAAGAAAAAAAUGUUUAAAUGAUUGGCCAUUCUUUUCUGGCUGGUUUCUUAUUUUAAAAUGUUUUUCUUCUUUCUUUCCUUUUUUUUUAUUUUUUUUUAACAAUCAGUAACCCUCCACAAUGUCUCUUCCAUAGCAACUGUGGAAUCUCAAAUACUGUGUUAUAUACACAUAUAUUUGGAAACCCAAAAUCUACUAUAUGUAUUUUUAGAUCUGUUCUUUCUGCAUUGCACUCUUUAAGGAACCUUGAAAUCAUUACUUUAAAAUGUAAUAUAAAUUGUUCAUUUAUUAUUUUUUCUUAAAAAUAUACUGCUUUUAUAUAUGAUUGUUUUGCUGGUCCUAAACAUUUCAAGGAUAUGAGUCUUUGUUUUAACAUAAUUUUAUUUUUGUUUGUUUUCCAAGUAGAUGAUAAUAUUCAAAAGCAAUAAUGUAUAUGAUAUCUGUAAAGAAAGCCAGAUUAAGUCAUACACUGAUACCACUGUAAACAAUUCAUUUAGCAUUCCAGAUACCUUCUACAGGUGUAGAACAGGGAGCAGCAAACUAUUUCUAUAAAGCUUUAAGGUACCUGGUAGUAAAUAUUUUCAUGGUGAGCUGGAUAUUGUUCUUGGGUCAUAGAUUGCUGAUCCCUGGUCUAAUUAGAGGAUGUGUAGAACUAUUUUCAUAACUUUUGAAUUUCUAUAAAACUUUAUUCUGUUAAUGUAUAAAUAUAUAUAAAUCAUAUGCACAUCUCCUCUGCUAGUAGCAUUAUAAAGGUAUCACAGAAGAAUAAUUACAAUUAUUUAAGAAUUACGAAAGUGUAGUAUAAAGGCAUACAACUUAAAUUCCACUUGUACUGCUGUUAAGUAUCCAAGUCUUAAUGAUAUCCAAUUUUGGCUUUUGAGAUGUUUUUAUAUAAAUGAUGAAGAUGUUUGAAGACUCUAGAAGGGAAGCUGUGCUUCUAAAGUCUAUGCUUAAUUGAAAUGACAAAUAAUCACAAAGGUUCAGGAUUCUUAAAUUAUUUCUAACCACAAAGUUGGAAAUUGUGCCAUCAUCUUUAUGAGGAAUAAAAUCUGGACAUGAUUUUCUUUUAUGUCAUUCCAUUUACAGCCUUUAUUAGGAAUGUCACUGAAUUUAUAGAGCAUAAAUAGAUCCCUUUACUGCCCAUGUAUACAUAUAUCCUCAACCUCUGGUCAUGCAUUGAUCAUUAUUUCUAGCAUUUCCAUUUUAAUAAUUCUAAUUUAGGUUUUCUAUAAAUGUCUACAUGUGGCAAAGAGCUUUCUUCUCAAGGUUCCAUAAAGCUGGCUACUGCCAUUGGACUGCCAUAGCUCUGGCCUGCUUGGUCUUGAUAUCUUACUCGUGACUUCAGAGUUCCACACUGUAUGGACACUCAGGUAUUGACUGUUAAACUGUGUUUAUAUGAUAUUAUCUGUAAUUUCAAUCUCUUCUUUAAAUGUUGUGUGUAGAAGUAACAGGUUAAUACACAUUGCGCACACACACCCAGCCAUGCCAUAGAGCAUCUAUGCUAUUAAAAAUAAAAACAGUGGAUUAGAACUAACAAAGAAAGAGAGUAACAGGAGGCAGAGAGACAACCAGGACUAAAUGUCAAUGAUUGAAAUACAGAAAUGAAAAGUAUUUUAAUGUUAUAAAAAUUAGUAAUGGAAUGGGAAACUCUGAUAAAAGGUUGUUAUCUAUUUCUUUUCUCUCCUACCAUUGAUCUCUGUUCGUUGCAAUCAGGGGAGGCUGGAGCAUCUUGGUGUAGGUCCCUGGUGGCCCUUUGUGGUAAUAAUCGCAUUGCUGACACUCAUUUCCCUCUGCUGGAACAGAAGAUAGUCUUCCCAAUGUACUAGUCCUUUUGUCUAUACGGCACCUCAGUUUAAGCACUUUUGCCAUCAUCUGGCAUCCUGCUACAUUAGAACCUCUUAAAGCAAAUUGACUUUCUUUCGCAGACCAACUUGACUUGAAAGAGAGAUUCAAAGUCCUACUUCAUUUGCUGCUGCAUAAAGCAAUCUCAACCUUCAUUUUAUUUUAACACAGACCAGAGUGUUCCUGCCUGUGAGUUGUCUGUGAGCUAAUUCUACUGAUGCUCAGAGAGGAAUGAAAGCUUUAGCUGUGCAGGAUGUGGGUGUGAAGCCUGGGAGGCUUUGCCGAUGGUGAGGCAUGUAUGGUAGCAAUACUUGCUCUGGGCCCUUUCCUGAAACAAGCUAUGACAGUGCUGAUCCACGCUGUGCCUCUGUCUGAAGUUUAAAUGCAGUAGAGUUGCGAGGAGGCUCUUUUUCCUACUGGUUACAUGGGUAAGCAGCUUGUGGCUAUUACUAGAUACAGGCUCACAUUGCUUUUCCCUUGAAGUACAUAUCCUACAGUUAAGGUAUUUGUGAGCAUUAAGAAAAUCAAGAUAUGCACUUGAAAUCAUAUGGAAUAUUACAUAGGAAGGUAAUUCCAGGCCUUUGAGAAGAUCAGUCACAUUCAAAAGUGUAAUAGCAUUUCAGUAACAAAACCUUAGCUUUUCAGGAACAAUGUGAAGAUAUGUUAGACUCGCUACAUCCACACCUUCCAGACACACCAUCUGUGCACUCUAAUCCGUUCUCGCAGUGUAGUCAGUGUGAGGAUGAGAUCAAGGGGUCUGAGUCAGCCAUCUCCUGUGUUAUAUGAAAACAUCUUGGUGUACAAAACACGUGCCUGUUUUACAGUUGACUCUUGUGUGGUGCCAUAAUUCUACCAAGUUUAUAGAAACUAGUCAGUCAAUCAACUGAAAGAUCUUCCUGUUAUAUGUGAAUAUCUAAGUAGUAAUCUUUGUAUUUUUUGAAGUCCAUGAAGUAUGCAAGAUGACUUUUCUCCUUGUUUGACGUGAGCACCUUGCUUGUUACAUUGGUUCUCUGUGUUUCAUAAGGUAUGUGAGCGUAGCCAGGCCUCUCAACAGUAGCUCUUGCAAAUAUGGUGGAGGGGGGGAAAAAGGUACUUAAUGAUCCCAGACUAUCCAGGUUCUCAAAUAGGAAGAAGAAAUUACUUUUAUUCUUAAUCUAUAACUAGCUUUACAUGUGUGGCAUUCCUUCUAACCAUCCACUAUGUUGUGAAGAAGACAGUCUUUUACCAUCCUGUGAGGAUGACACCCUGCUGACCUUGUCACACCCAGCCUCAUUCCUUUGGUCUGAGUAGAAAACGAUAUCCUUCUCAUGGAUAU